CUGCUUGUUCCAUCCAGUUCCCACCUCACCCACCUAUCCUUCCUUUCUUCCUCCCCUUCCACCUCUCUUCUCUUCAUCUCUUUACAAACACCCAACUCAUCUCUCCCUUCUCCUCCAGAAACUCAAAUAUCAUAUUCAUCGAUCCAAAUAUUAUACCACAAACAAAUAUAUCACGAAUAUAUAUAAUCUUGAUAUCUGAUAUCUUAUUUUGUUGGUGUGGAUUUGAAGGUGUUUUCACCUAUGAGGAGAGGGAGAGGAGUAGUGACAGCAGCAGCAGCGCCCGCAAGUAAACUGAUAGAAGCUAAUGGAUCUGCGUCAAGAAACGUGACGAAAGAGCCCAGAUAUAGAGGAGUUCGCAAGAGACCAUGGGGAAGAUUCGCCGCCGAGAUCAGAGACCCGUGGAAGAAGACACGUGUCUGGCUCGGUACCUUCGACUCCGCUGAGGACGCUGCACGUGCCUAUGAUGCGGCGGCGCGUACUCUCCGUGGACCUAAAGCCAAGACAAACUUUCCGAUUACGUCAACAAACAUACCUUCAUUUUAUCCUAGCAAUGAUCCGUUUUUGGAUCAGAGAUUAUACGGCACCGUAAAUGGAUUCCAAGAUUUUCAGGAUCAGCAGAUUGUAAAUCCGCAGAGACCGACGACAAGCAGUAUGAGCAGUACUGUCGAGUCGUUUAGUGGACCACGGCCACCGCAGCAGUCGAGAUCGACGAAUCUGACAGCGGCGGCAAGUUCACGGAGAUAUCCACGGACGCCGCCCGUGGUGCCGGAGGAUUGUCAUAGCGACUGUGAUUCGUCUUCAUCGGUGAUUGACGAUGAUGGAGAUAUUGCGCUGUCUUCGUGCAGGAAGCCGUUGCCAUUUGAUCUAAACUAUCCACCGUUGGAUGAUGUUGAUUUCAACGGUGACGAUCUGCAGUGCACCGCUUUAUGUCUCUGAUGGUGGUGUUUGUCUGAUCUCUAUUAUUAUUAUUAUUAUUUUUUUGUAUUUCUUUUUCUCUAUUAUGCGGAAAAAAAAAUGGAGUGCAAAAAAAAAAAAAAAAAAAGAGAGAGAUUAAGAUGAAAUGGUCUUAAUUCUGAGUAUGAUGAUGAUGAUGAUGAUGGCAUGAUGUCUUAAAAAAAUUUAAUAUAUGAUGAUGAUGAUGAUGAUGAGUCUUCUUGUUGUUGUUAAUAGAAAUAUUAUGAUGGGUUAGGGUUUGUUAUUGAUAUAAGAUCCUUAUUUAUCUGAAAUUAAAUUUAGAAUUUUCCUAUUUUUCUGCUGA